UUUAUUGUCUUCAUGCUGGGGAUCAGCCCAUGUCCAGUUGGUCUGUAAGAAAAUUGAAACGUACCCAUAUACUUUUCACACAUGUUUUGAGUAAGGCUUAGCUAACUAGCAUGUUAACAGCAUGCUAAGCCAACAGCACACCACUUAAGCUACCAAAAAAACCAACCAGUUCUCAUUCUGUUCAACAGGCUUCUUAGAUUUAUUAUUCAUAAAGCUUUACUGAUACUUCAAUAUCAGUGAUAUUGAUUAUUGGAGUUUAAGUUACUGAUGCACUCCACUAACCCACGUUUAAGUACUGAAUCAGUUUUGUGAGAAAAAAAUCCGAUGGGAACACUACAGUUGCAUGGGAUGACUGGGUGACUUCAUAGUGAUUUAGCAGCUUGCUUUUCAGCAGGUUGCACCUAAAAAGUGAGCUGCUGAAUAAUUUCGAUUGACACACUGGCUCUGUCCUUCUCGGCCACAAACAGAUUAGAGCAACAUGGUCAAAUAUUAAUACAACACAACUGCUCUGCUUUUAUAUGGAAACCCCUGGAUGAAAGAACUUGUACCAGAAUCGGCUCCUGGGCCUGGCGGCCAUGGCCUCACCGACCCGCAGCAGCCAGACCCGCCAGCGAUGUAAGGAUGCUGUUCGUCACAGCUAUGGCCCAGAUACCUACGCUGUCAAUGGACUGAACCAGGAGGCCUUCAUGCUGGGGCUGUCACGGUCCACCAGCGACACUGAUCUGGUCUCCCCAGAUGCUCGUUCCACCCUCACUAUCAGCUCCUCCCACUACACCAUAGGCCAAUCUGAAGACCUGGUGAUCACAUGGGACAUCAAGGAGGAAGUGGAUGCUGGAGACUGGAUCGGAAUGUAUCUUGUUGAUGAGGCUUUGUCUGAGAACUUUCUCGACUAUAAGAACCGCGGCAUCAACGGAUCUCACAAAGGACAGAUUGUUUGGAAAAUUGAUUCCGGCUCCCACUUCAGUGACUCUGAGACCCAGGUCUGCUUCAGGUACUAUCACGGCGUCACCGGAGCCCUGAGGGCGACCACACCCAGCGUAACCAUCAAGCAUGGCCCUGCACCUGUGUUGAAGCCAGUGGUUAGUCCUGAAGUCAACCAUGGACUGGGCAACAGGAGGCUCAUUAACUUUUCCCUGUCAGACCUCCAGGCAGUUGGUUUGAAGAAGGGAAUGUUCUUCAAUCCUGACCCCUACCUCAAGCUCUCCAUUCAACCGGGAAAGCACAGUAUCUUCCCCUCGCUGCCUCACCACGGUCAGGAGAAACGCUCCCGAGUGGUCUGCAACACAGUCAACCCGCAGUGGAGCUCAGAGAGGUUUAACUUUGUGUCUCUGCCCACUGACGUCCUGGAGAUCGAAGUCAAGGAUAAGUUUGCCAAGAGUCGACCAAUCAUCAAGCGCUUCCUGGGGAAGCUUUCUGUCCCAGUUCAGAGGCUGCUGGAAAAACAUGCCAUUGGGGAUCGGAUAGUGAGUUAUUCCCUGGGUCGCAGGUUGCCCACAGAUCAUGUCUGUGGCCAGCUGCAGUUCCGCUUUGAGCUGACCUCUUCGAUUCACCCAGAUGAUGAGGAGGUAUCUCUGGUCAUAGAGGCGGCCUGUCCUGAGUUGGAAAACGCAGCAAAUGUCAACCAUGCUGCAGAUGACGACACGCUAAGUGUGGGACCUGACAUGCCAGACCUCCCCCUGGAUGCCCCUCCUGACCCUGAGACUUCUGAGCCACCAGCCGCUACAGCGGAAGCCUCCACACCUGAGGAGGUCCAGCCUGCUGAGAAGGAGGAGGCUGAGGCAACACCCGAAGUGGAGCAAGGAACUGUGGAGGAGGAGAACACAGUGAGAGAGGAUCCCGCAUCUGCAGAACCCCAGGUGGAUCCGGAGGAGGGAACACUGACUGAACAGCAGGAGGAGAACAAUAGAGCAGAGGGACAGCAGGAAGUACAGGAGGAGAGGCAGCAGGUGGAAGAAGAAGAGGAGCAGAGGGCAGAGUCUGCAACCCGGGCUGAGGAGGAGGUGGCAGUAGAAGAAGAAGAAGAAGAAAAGGAGACUGAGGAGGCAACACAGCCAAAGUCAGAUUCUGACAAUCCUGUGGAAACAAACAAUGGGGCUGCUACUGUGGAGGCCCUCACAGAAGGAAACACCACAUCCCAAGAGACCCCUGUGGAACCAGCUGAAGAGACCCCACAGGAGGUUACAGAGGGAGGAGAAAGAAGCUGUGUCCCCUGCACCUGCCCAUCCCUCUUUUCAAACUACAACUCCCAUGGUCCCUCGCGGCGGAAAAACCGUCCCUGUUCCCUUCCAGUGUCAGAGCUGGAGACGGUGAUCGCAUCAGCCUGCGGUGAGCCGGAGACUCCAAGAUCUCACUAUAUCCGGAUUCACCACCUGCUGCACAGUCUCCCGUCGGCCCAACACAGACAUCCCAGCCAGGACGAAGAGGAGACUGGGGAAGGAGAGAAUACAAGUAUCACUCAAGAUACCACCUCCACAUCACCAACAUUUAAAAUCUCAAAGGAGGAAGGGCAAGAGGAUGACGAAGAGGAGGAUACAACCCAGUCUCCCUCUCAGGUCCCAGAGUGUCCAGGCCGCUGUUGCCGUCGUUCACUGCCACGCAGCCUCUCCAUUGAACGCCUCUCUGAGCUCAACCAGCUGCUGGAUGGUGAGGGAGUGGGACCUACAGUCAGGAGGAUCUCUCCCUCCUGCCUGGAGAGCGAGGAGGGGGAUUCCAGCAACGGAGGAGGAAGAAGAGGUGGUGGGAGCACCCACAGACCUCCGGGUGAGAACGAGUGCGAGUUUUGCGACACCUCUUGCUACAGCACCUCCUGCUACAGCACCUCCUGCUACAGCACUUCGUGCUACAGCAACUCGGGCUAUGAGGGGAGGAACCGCUUCUGCAGCCACACCCGCCUCUCUUCAGUGGACAGCAACAGACUCUCUGGCAGCACCGUGUUCUCAUCUCAAGAUGAAGACGAAGAUGAGGAGAGCGCCUUUGAGUCAGUACCUGACGCUGGCCAAACGCCAGAGGGCCAGGUGAUGAGUGGGGUGGGAGGAGACAGGCGGACGGGAAGGUGGAAGGAGGCCAGGAGAGGAGAGGAUGGGGAGCCAGCUGUGGCGGGGCCCAGCGAUAGGAACAACCUUGGCUCAGGCUCCUCCCCUCCUGUUGGCCAUCUUCCAGUCCUGCGACCCAGCCAUGACCUAAACCAUUUUCCUGCUGCCACUGACCAAGCCUUACCUCCAAACUGGGAAGCCCGCAUCGACAGCCACGGCAGAGUUUUCUACGUGGACCAUGUCAACCGGACCACAACAUGGCAGAGGCCAAGCCACGGCAGCAAGUGCAACCAUGGCAUCCCCCGCUCAGGGUCCACCCAGCAGAUGGAGCAGCUCAACAGGAGGUACCAAAACAUCCAGAGGACCAUGGCCACAGAGGAAGAUGGUGGGACUCAGAGGUUGGAGCGGAGCAGCAGCACAGAGACCGAUUCAGAUGCCCCUCCGACAGGUCCCGCCUCCCCUGUCAAUCACCAAAAGAUCAACCAUCUCCUCCAGUCACCUGCCGUCAAGUUCAUCACACACCCGGAAUUCUUCACUGUGUUGCACAGUAACUAUGCAGCCUACCGGAUGUUCACCAGCAGCAGCUGCGUGAAACACAUGAUCCUGAAGGUGCGCCGUGAUGCCAGGAACUUUGAGCGCUACCAGCAUAACCGGGACCUGGUGGUUUUCCUCAACAAGUUCGCAGACACUCAGCUGGAGCUGCCACGAGGCUGGGAGAUCAAGACAGACCCCCAGGGCAAGUCUUUCUUUGUGGACCACAACAGUCGAGCCACAACCUUCAUUGACCCUCGCAUCCCUCUGCAGAAUGGCCGACUGCCUGGCCACCUCGCCCACAAGCAGCAUCUGCAGAGACUACGCAGCUACAGCGCCGGAGAGGCCUCUGAUGUGUCUAGGAGUCGUGGGGCUUCUCUGAUGGCCAGGCCUGGAAACAGCCUGGUAGCUGCCAUACGAAGCCAGCACCACGCCGACUCCCAGCAACAGUCCGCUCCGUGUAGGCACUCUUACAAUGACAAGAUAGUGGCGUUCCUUCGACAGCCGAACAUAUUUGACAUGUUGCAAGAACGGCAGCCCAGCCUCAGUAGAAACCAUGCACUGAGGGAGAAAAUCCACUACAUCCGGACAGAAGGUACUCAGGGGGUGGAGAAGCUGUCAUGUGAUGCAGACCUAGUCAUCCUGUUAAGUUUAUACGAAGAGGAAAUCAUGUCUUAUGUUCCACCUCACCCAGUCCACCCCGGCUUCAGCUUCUCUCCUCGCUGUUCCCCUGCUUCAUCACCACAGAACUCUCCUGGCCUGCAGAGGGCCAGGGCUCCAGCUCCUUACCGCAGAGACUUUGAAGCCAAACUAAGAAACUUCUACAGGAAAUUAGAAGCCAAGGGAUAUGGCCAGGGACCAGGCAAGAUCAAGUUGCUGAUCAGGAGAGAACAUUUGCUGGAGGGAACUUUUAACCAGGUGAUGGCGUACUCCCGCAAAGAGCUUCAGAGGAACAAACUCUAUGUCACUUUCCUGGGAGAGGAGGGAUUGGACUACAGUGGCCCAUCCAGAGAGUUCUUCUUCCUCUUGUCUCAGGAGCUGUUCAAUCCAUACUACGGCCUGUUUGAAUACUCAGCCAACGAUACGUACACCGUUCAAAUCAGCCCCAUGUCAGCGUUUGUUGAGAACCAUCUGGAAUGGUUCCGUUUCAGUGGUCGCAUCCUGGGCCUGGCUCUGAUCCAUCAGUACCUGCUGGAUGCUUUCUUCACCAGACCCUUCUACAAGGCCCUGCUCCGGCUGCCCACAGACCUGUCUGACCUGGAGUAUCUGGACGAGGAAUUCCACCAGUCUCUGCAGUGGAUGAAAGACAACGACAUCACUGACAUCCUCGACCUCACCUUCACUGUCAAUGAGGAGGUCUUUGGCCAGGUGACGGAGCGGGAGCUGAAGUCCGGUGGCUCCCAUCUCCAAGUGACUGAGAAGAACAAGAAGGACUAUAUAGAACGAAUGGCCAAGUGGAGGGUGGAGCGAGGAGUGGUGCAGCAGACAGAGGCUUUAGUCAGAGGCUUCUAUGAGGUGGUAGACUCCAGGCUGGUGUCUGUGUUCGAUGCACGGGAGCUGGAGCUGGUUAUUGCCGGUACGGUAGAGAUCGACCUCGGUGACUGGAGGAGUAACACAGAAUACAGAGGAGGUUACCAUGAUGGUCACAUAGUAAUGCGGUGGUUCUGGGCCGCUGUAGAACGCUUCAACAAUGAGCAGCGUCUCCGCCUGCUGCAGUUUGUCACCGGGACAUCCAGCGUGCCCUACGAAGGCUUUGCCGCGCUGCGUGGAUCCAACGGUCUCCGACGCUUCUGCAUUGAGAAGUGGGGCAAAGUCACGUCACUACCCAGGGCUCAUACCUGUUUUAACCGUCUGGACCUGCCUCCAUAUCCUUCGUACACCAUGCUGUAUGAAAAAUUGCUGAUUGCAGUGGAGGAAACCAGCACGUUUGGCCUGGAGUGAGACAAACAAGACAGACAAAUCAACACUGCAACCCUCUCUGUGUAACACUGGCUGGGCUGUAAUGUGAAAAACAAGCUGCAACCGUGGGCUUAAUACGUCGUAAAGAUACCUGGAUUGUACUCAGCAAAGUGUUUGGUCAUGUGGAUAUGCUGUAUGCACGUCACUGUUGUGGUACUAUGUGUUUGAGUCUCUCACUUAGCUACGGGGAUCUUUAUGACAGCACCACAGCAGGACUACAGUUAUUUUUUUAUUAAUCACUAAGACUGGAGAAAACACUACACAACAGUGUUUUUCAGAAAUAUUUCUAUAUGCAUACGAAAGAGUAUGGAAUCACGAUUAUUUAAAUUUGCAUGUAGCAAAAUGCAUCAUCCAUGCAAUGAUUAAAAUACUUAAAGUAAUGGAAAUGCUAACAAAAACUAACAGCAACAAGUAAAAUUAUAGCUACACAAUAGCACUGAAAAUCUGAACUUUACAUACAGUCUAAGACAAUAUUAUGACAUCUAAAUACUUUUAUCCUUAUUCCUAAAAUUUAUCAUAGAUUGAAAUUUUGAAUUCACAGAAAAGAUUUGAGGGAUUGAUGGAACCCAUAGAAGACUCAUGCCAGAAAAGGAAAGAGAAACAAGCAGACAUUACUUCUGCACAAAUCAUCCAAACAGUGCACAUACAAACAUAAUAGACCUUCAAGUUGGCAAUUUGUAAUGCAGCUAAUGAAAUGAAAUGUUAUAAUUACAAUUAUGCUUGUGGUCCAUUCAAGAAAAAAAAAAAAUCAUUAAAAAUGUUACAGAUUUGCAGCGUACAA